GGGCCCCCUCUCCAGAUCCCCUACAAAUUCCCCCACACACGUCAAGCCAGGGGCCUUGGCAGGGUCAUCUGGUUACACAGAGCAGGGGCCGGCCGCUCACCCCGGAGGGACAGAGCCCCUCUCCUCACCUCCCGGGCUCACCAGGCUGGCUGCACAAGCCCGCUGACACCUGACGCACACCCCGAGGUGGGAGAAGCCAGCUGCCAGGGACACGUACCAUGGCCGCCAACGCCAAGAGCAGCAAGUCUGCACCCAACCAUGUGAUCUUCAAGAAGAUCUCCCGGGACAAGUCGGUGAGCAUCUAUCUGGGGAAGAGAGACUAUAUAGACCAUAUUGAACAAGUAGAGCCUGUUGAUGGUGUCGUGUUGGUAGAUCCCGAGCUUGUGAAGGAAAAGAAAGUGUAUGUAUCUCUGACUUGCGCCUUCCGCUACGGCCAGGAGGACAUCGAUGUGAUCGGCCUGAGCUUCCGCAGGGACCUGUACUUCUCUCAGGCCCAGGUGUUCCCGCCCGUGGAGGCCACCAGUGCGCCCACGAAACUGCAGGAGAGCCUGAUGAAGAAGCUGGGGGACAACACGUACCCCUUCCGGCUCACGUUUCCUAAUUACUUACCCUGUUCGGUGAUGCUGCAGCCAGCUCCGCAAGACGCCGGGAAGUGUCAGCUGGGAGUGCUGCCCCUCGGCACAGGGAACGACCUGGCUCGAGUGUUAGGCUGGGGCUCAGCCUGUGACGAUGACACCCAGCUCCCACAGAUCUUGGAAAAGCUGGAACGAGCCAGUACCAAGAUGCUGGACCGGUGGAGCGUCAUGGCUUACGAGACCAAACUCCCUCGGCAGGCCUCCUCUUCCACGGGCACUGAGGACUUCAGUGAGGGCUCUGAGGUGCAACAAAUUCUCUUCUAUGAAGAUUCAGUCGCGGCCCAUCUUUCUAAAAUCCUGACCUCCGACCAGCACUCGGUGGUGAUCUCAUCGGCCAAAGUGCUCUGCGAGACGGUGAAGGACUUUGUGGCUCGGGUGGGGAAGGCCUACGAGAAGACCACCGAGAGCUCGGAGGAGUCAGAGGUCAUGGCCAAGAAGUGCUCUGUCCUGAAAGAGAAGCUGGACUCUCUCCUCAAGACCCUGGAUGAUGAGUCCCAGGCCUCAUCCUCCCUGCCCACCCCACCCCCCACCAUCGCGGAGGAGGCGGAAGAUGGAGACGGGACGGGCAGCGGCUGCGGCUCCACGGGGGAGCGCUCGCUGGGGUCGGCGUGUCCCGGCCGGCCGCAGAUAUUCCGUCCACGGGAGCAGCUCAUGCUCAGAGCCAACAGCCUAAAGAAAGCCAUCCGUCAGAUCAUAGAACACACAGAAAAAGGUAGCGGGUCUCUUAAUGAUGAAGUAGCGUUCUUCAACCAGCACUGGGCACUCCGUUUUCCCCCAAAUAUGGUGACAAACAGGAAUCCACUGUGUGGGCCACAGCCAGGACCCAAGGUCACUUGCACCUGUGUGGUGGCAGCGCCUUGUAUCUGAGCGCCCUGGGGCACACUCUCCCUCCUCACCACACUUGUGUCUGAUGGAAGGACUGGAGGGAGCAGAAGUGGAGGGCAGAGCAGGAUGGUGUCCCCAGCAGGGGAGGAUGUAAAUGGGUCCUUGGGUGGGGGACCCCUCCCUGGAAGGGGCCUGGCCUGCGCUAACUGCCAGACCUCGGGUGCAGCUUGGCACAAACAGGCGGUAGCGGCGGAU